AUGGCAGCGGAAUUCAUGGGUGCCCCCUUAGUGCAAAGUGUCAUCACAUCAAUCUUUGCAACGGGUGUCAAGGAAAUCGCUGAUGUUUCCAGAUUAGGAACCCCAACGAAACUUCGAACCGUUGCAUGUUCAGCAGAAGAAACAACUGCAUGCCGACUAGAGCAUGUCGAGUGGUUCAUCGGGGAAUUUAAUUGCACGGACAUGAUCAAGAACAUUGGUUGCUUCGGUAUCAUGGUUGUAUAA